GUAAACAAACAGAACUUUAACCCUAAUCUGCAGCCUUUCCAAUGGGCACCGGUACUGGGAACCAGGCCUGCUGCAGCCUGUAACGAUGAGAAUGCGGUUUGCCCUGCGUGUGUCGCUGCUUGGAAUCAUUGGCCUGUUGGUUUGGGUGCUCGGCCGCCUCUUGUCCCAGCAACAAGCAGAUCCAGAAGCCACAUCCCCCACACUAUCAAUCACCGUGGACACGUUCCUUCAUGUUCAACAAGUGAGGAAGAAGAAGCUGCACCAUUUCUGCCUGGAGCAUCCGGACCUGCGCACCCUACAAACGGCCGAAGUCGCCCAGAAUCUCCUUUCCACCAUGGCAGCGAACCAGAAGCUCCAGAUGUUGUACUGCAAGCCAACAUCUGAGGGGAGAGACCUCUGGGAGGAACUGCUAAAGCAAAUAGAGGAAAGGGCAGACAUAACGAUACAGAGUCCAGUUGUCUAUGAUGGUCCAAGAGACUCACCACCCAACCCAUUGAGUGCUUACAAUUUAUCAAUGCUUGAGAAGGUCUUUCAGUCCUACACCAAGGUCCUUCUCAUCAGAGACCCUUUUGAGAGGCUGGUCUCCUCUUACUUACAGGACUCAGCCGGAGAAGUCACAUUUGACAAGUUUCUUGAGGAUGGCCUCACCGAUGGGCCUGGAGAUGGUGACGGUUCUUGGACUCCUAUUGUGUUCCUGUGCCACCCUUGUUUCAUUAGAUACGACUACAUUGUCAAGUACGACUUCUUCAACACGGAGGUUCUUCACCUCAUGAAGAGAAUGGGUCUCCCUGAAAGUGCGUUGGCGCCACUGUUAGUAGACAAUGGGUCCAUGUGGGCCUACAAGUGGCUGAAUGAGAACCUUCUCCAGCUGGUGACUAAAGAACAUAUUGAGCAGAUUAUUGAGAUUUAUUCCUGGGACUUUGAGGCAUUUCCUUUCAAAAUCAGUUCUUUUUGGAAUAUUCCAUCACUCAGUGACGCUUAGGGGGAUACUAUUUGUUUGUUAGAGGAGCCAUUGAUUGAAGUUUUUUUGUGCACCACUAGUUUGGGGGCUUUUUUGGUUUAUGCCAAGACUAUCAAGGGCGCAAAGUGUUGUCCAGAAAUCUGUGUCUAUUUGACCUUCAUCUAGAGAAAGUACACAUGGCCAACCCUCCAAAUGUAUUCCCGGGCCCCAGUUAUCUCUCUGGCCCCUCCAGUUAGGAACCACAGCUGCAGACUAAUAUGGAUGAUGGUUGCUAUCCAUAACAAGGGUUUGUGUUCUACUGGGAGUUCUGUUUACCCUAGAACCUGCAAAAAUGUGUGUAAUAAUUGGGCACCUAGGGUGGCACAGAGCCAAAAUGUCUACCUUUUGUCUCUCUUACCUAGUAAUAACAUUAGCAGUAAGUAUCAUUCACUCUCCUUACCCAUAACUACUAAAUCUCUCAGCACAGACACUGGGUCCAAUGGAGAUAGAAAAAAAAGUCUUCCCCCCAACUCCCCCCGGGUCCACUCUGCACCCCUAUUCUAAGCCACUGAGAUAGGUAUCAUAGCCAAGUUUGUUAAAACUAAUUUCUGUUAUUUGCUGACAUCUGCUGGCCAGUCUGGGAAUAAAUAUUUUCAAUUCCAAACGCAGCAAACUGCUCUCCCAUAAUCCCAUGUUGUUAUACAGUAUAUUUAGGGCGCAACAUUGGGGGGGCCCCAGGCAGGUACCUUUCCUGCCUACCUCUAAGCACUCUUGUGUCCCCCGCCGGGUUGCCUGGGGUGCCCAGUUGGCUUGCCCCCCCCCUGAGUACAGUGCUUGCCCAUUUGGCACUUCUGGUACUUUUAGUGCCAGUUUUUGAACAUUUUGUGCUCUUUCACUUUAGGGGCAUUCCCUAGGGGGCUUUUACUUUAUCUAGGAAACAACAAAUUAAUACUUUCCUUAAUAUGAACACAUACAGCAAAAAUAUGAUUUAUUACAUGCAAGAAUAUACAACUGAUUUGGACAG